AGUUUCUUUUUUUAUUCUCUCCUUUUCUGUAAAAGGUCUCCCAACAAGGACAUGGCUUCAAAUGAAAGAGAGAUUGUGGUUUGGGUUUGCCAGGAAGAGAAGAUUGUAUGUGGCCUGACGAAGCGCACAACUUGCACAGAAGUGAUUCAAGCACUGCUUGAGGAACAUCAGGCAACAUUUGGAGACAAAAAGGUCCUUUUUGGAAAACCUAGUGAUUACUGCAUUGUAGAAAAAUGGAGAGGCUCAGAGCGAGUACUUCCUCCCUUGACAAAGAUUCUGAGACUUUGGAAGGCCUGGGGGGAAGAGCAGUCUAAUUUGCACUUUGUGUUGGUAAAGUCAGAUGCUUUCCUCUCGUUUCCAUUGUGGAAAACAGCUGAAGCUAAGGUGGUACAAAAUGUAGAAAAACAGUGGGAACUCAGUCCAGCAAAUUACAUGAAGAUGUUGCCAAUAGACAAGCAAAAGAAAAUUGUCAGGAAGACUUUCCGGAAACUGGCCAAGCUUAAACAGGACAGUGUUCAGCAAGAGAGAGAUAAUAUGGAGACACUGAUUCAUCUGAUCAUUUCUCAAGAUCAUACUAUUCAUCAACAAGUCCUCAGAAUGAAGGAACUAGAUAUGGAAAUUGAAAAAUGUGAAGCAAAAUUCCAUCUAGAUCGUGUGGCCAACGAUGGAGAAAAUUAUGUGCAGGACUCCUAUUUAAUGAUCAAUCCAAGUGAGGCUGAGCAGCAAGGGAGUAGGCCAGAUGAUCAAAAGGAGAUGCAUGACUAUUUGAGCAAAAGUGAGGGAAUUUUACAGGUUGAAGAGAGGCUGAAACAUCACAAACAAUUAAUAGAGAAGCUGUGUGCUGAAAUUGAAAGAGAGGUACAUGGUAUAUGCGCAGAAAAAAAUGCAGAUGAUGUUCACAUUGAAGGAGCUGCUGAUUCUGAACUGGAAAACUCAAAUUUGGAAAGUAUAAAAUACGAGCUGGAAAAAAGUAUGAAAGAUGGGCUGAGAAUCAACUCAUACUUGAGCUGCAUUCAGAAAGAACUUACAUACAGGGACUCACUGCUUCAAAAGAAGGAAAAAGAAUAUGAACUUCUUACAGAAGAAUUUGAUUUACUACAUGUUAAAGAAAACACUGAAACUAGGCUUCCAUCAAACGAAGAGCCAUCCAAGGGCAGUGGCAUCUCCAGUAGCAGCAUUGCUGUUCCUGACUUUGUUCAUAGAGUGACUAAUCUGGACAUAAACGAUACAGACUCUGACACUGGAAUCAGCUCUACACACAGUCAGGACUCUGAAAUAACUUCAGGGGACAUAGCACUGCUGUCAACAUAG